AUGCUGAACACGUACUCUCCGCAGUUAUGGCUCUCGCUCAGACCGUCGUCGGCGUUGUCGUCACAAAUCGCAACCCUUCUUGCCAAACCACGACCAUUGUUCGCGGCUGCGACAAGGCAUUCCCACCACGAUGCUGGUGCUGGUGCUGGUGCUGCGGGCGCGGCCAACAACGACCGACCUAGUCCCACGAUAGCCAUCAUUGGGUCUGGGCCUGCGGGCUUCUACACUGCGCACAAGGUGAUGCGAGAACUCAAGGGGACCAAAAUAGACAUGUACGAACAGCUACCUGUGCCGUUCGGUCUGGUCAGGUUCGGAGUGGCACCAGAUCACCCAGAGAAUGUCCAAGACACGUUCCAGGACAUUGCCGCGUCUCCUGACUACAACUUCAUCGGCAACGUGAACCUCGGGCACGACCUGCCUCUUCCAUUGCUCGCGAAACACUACGACGCGAUCGUGUUCGCGUACGGUGCGUCGCAGGAUCGCAAGAUAGGACUAGAAGGCGAAGACAAACCGCACAUAUACUCCGCGCGGGCCUUUGUAGGGUGGUACAACGGCCUUCCCGAGUACCGCGAUUUGAACCCGGACUUGACAGCCGGCGACACGGCCGUGGUCGUCGGACAGGGGAACGUGGCGCUGGACGUCGCAAGGACGCUGCUGAGCAAGCUCGACCAGCUGAAGAAGACGGACAUGACGGAAUACGCGCUCGACACGCUAUCUCGGAGCACCAUCAGGCACGUCCACGUCGUCGGCCGGCGGGGGCCCAUGCAGGCGGCGUUCACGAUCAAGGAAGUCAGAGAGCUACUGCAGCUUGACGACGUCAGUUUCGAACCGAUCCCCGAGAGGCUCUUCCCACAGGACCUGAAGAGCCUGCCCCGUCCCAAGAGAAGGCUAAUGGAGCUUCUGAAGAAGGGAAGCAGCCAGAAGCCCGGAGCCACGAAAUCGUGGUCGUUGGACUUCCUCCUCUCUCCGAAAUCGCUGUCCUGGUCGUCUUCGGAACCCGACAAGCUCGAAGGAGUCGUCUUUUCCAAGACGAAACUCGCAGAUCCCGACUCGCCCGACUCCAAAGUCACGAACACGGACGAAACACGGCUUGUCCCCACGUCGACGCUGUUCAGGUCGAUAGGGUACAAAGCCGAAGCCAUACCCGGCAUGCGAGAGAUCGGGGCCGACUUUGACGAGCAGAGGGGAACCAUUCGACACGACGGUUCCGGCAGGGUGCUGGCUCUCGGUGAGUCACAAAACGUCGCCGAGCAAAAGGCGAGCUUGUACUGCGCUGGCUGGGUCAAGCGUGGACCUACCGGUGUCAUCGCCAGUACCAUGACGGACGCCUUCGAGACCGCCGAGGCCAUCGUCCAAGACUGGAAGAAGGCGUUCGGGUCAGACCACGUCCCUCCCCGACCCAGUCGCGCAGGCUGGAAGGGUGUGCAAGCAGAUGCCGAGGCGCAAAAGCUACCUCUUCGACCUGUCCAUUGGUCCAGGUGGCAGAAGAUUGACGCCGCAGAGAAAUCCGUCGGUGCAGCUCACGGGAAACCGAGAGAGAAAUUCGGUAGUGUCGAUGAGAUGCUCAAAGUCUCCAAAGAGUGA